AUGAGCGUUAGUGUCAAAUUUGUUGACUGGGAAGAUGACUUUCGCUACAAUGAGGAGCGCGAGAGAGUGACAAACAUGAUUCAACGUAUUGCCGCCGAGAAGGGUUACACCUAUGGUGUGGUCCAGGCUUACCUAGAGGUGCAAAGGAAGCUGUGGAUCAAGCAACGGUAUCGUACAAUGGUUGGACUUCAAGUCACUGUUCACCUCCAGAAAAUUGACUGGGUGGGAAAUCAGAGCCCUCACUACGUCCCGGUCCGGAUUCACUUCACAGAGGAUUGCACUUUACAGGACAUUGAAGGCAAUCCGGAAUGGCAUCCCGAGGUCAAUGAGACCACCUAA